AUGCUGCCCGCUAUGUCGCGGGCUAAGGCCAGGCAGAGAAGCAAUGCGAUCGCCUUCAUGUUGCUGGUGCGAACAGUGAUGAUGGCGGCGCGCGAUGUGGCUUUUAUACUGGUUUUUGCGCGCACUCAGCGGCCCGCCAGCCCGCAGCACUCGCCUGUUGGCGCGGAGUCAGCGCGUUUGGCCCCGCUCGCUACUACG